GAGUUCUUGGCAUACUGAAUAUCAUUUGCAAGAUAAAAUUAUGCUGACAAGGUGUGUCUAAAGGUUAAAAGGUAAAUUCUGAGUGGGUGCCAAAAGUGGCCACACCCCUAGGUAAUGGUCAAGAACUAAUUCAUGUAUCAAGUCAAUCUCAGAGACUCACUGGAGGAGAGAGGUUGCCCAAACCCUGCAUAGCACAUUCCCACAGACUACUUCCCAGAGAACAGACAUGAUGGACUGAGUGGAAGACCAGUUUUCUUAUGCCCCACAGUUUAUAAAGUUCCCUCACUGCAAUAUUUAAAGACAGACUUCUAAAUUUCUGAGGUUGUAAGAAGCCCAUCAAAACUGAAGGCAUGGAUUGGAAGUUUCUCCAGGGUCUUCUCAGUGGAGUCAACAAGUAUUCUACUGCUUUCGGACGUAUCUGGCUGUCAGUGGUCUUUGUGUUCCGGGUGCUGGUCUUUGUGGUGGCCGCUGAGCGGGUCUGGAGCGACGAUCAGGGUCACUUUGACUGCAACACCCGCCAGCCAGGUUGUACCAACAUCUGCUAUGAUUACUACUUUCCAGUGUCCCACAUUCGCCUCUGGGCUCUCCAGCUAAUCUUCGUUACCUGCCCUUCCUUCAUGGUGGUGCUGCACGUGGCCUACAGGGAAGAGAGGGAGCGCAAGUACCAGGCCAAGCACGGCGAGGACACGCGGCUGUAUGACAACCCAGGCCAAAAGCAUGGUGGCCUGUGGUGGACUUACCUGAUGAGCCUCUUCAUCAAGACUACCUUUGAGAUCACUUUUCUCUACUUACUUCACUACAUCUAUGACAGCUUCAAGCUGCCCAGGAAGGUCCAAUGUGAUGUCAAGCCCUGUCCUAAUAUAGUGGACUGCUACAUAUCCCGCCCCACUGAGAAAACCAUUUUCUCUUACUUCAUGGUGGGAGCAUCUGUUGUGUGUGUAGUGCUCAACAUCUGUGAGAUUUUCUAUCUGACCGCUGCUCGGGUGGUGAAUCUCAAACACCGAGGCAGCGUCCACACUUCUUCUAAAAAGGUCCAUGCUAAUAUGGAUUGUGAUGGCUGCAAGUCAUCUCUUACAUCAUAGCUGGAGACUCAGUAUAGGCAAUCAUUGUUUCUUUUAAUGCUUUUAAUUGAUUUGUGAUAGGUGAAUCAUUUUUUCUAUUGAGGGUAUUUUGAUUUAAAAAGAAAUUUUGUACACAAAUAUAUAUGUAAUAUUAACACCUUGUGUUUUGACAUUGUCAUGU